AUGGACACAUGGAUGUCUGAGGAUCAGGGCCGCCUCCUGCUUCGAAUCACCGAAUAUGUCGGUAGGGAGGUCGGCAGUCAGCUGCAAGCGCGGGCCCCUGAGAUGGCUGGUCAAAUGCGAGCGCAGGUUCAGGCGCAGUCUCGGAUCGCUGGUCCGACACGAGCGCAGAUUCGUCACAUCCACGAGACAUCUGAAAUGGACAUCCACUCCCCGUGGAUGGAAGGUGUGCCUUUCGAAGUUGCAGUCUUGAACGAAGCGCAUCAUCCGCGCCCUCUGGAUGACGGAGGCACCGAAACUGCCCUCGACGGUGAUUUUCACGCCCAGGGCACUACCCGUCGCGAGCACGAGGCACAUUCCAUGAGUGAACUUGCAAGUCCCGCUGCCGCGAUCGCCAUUCCGAAGAAGCGUGGCCGCCCGCUGGGGUCCAAGAACAAGAAACGCGGCCGUCCGGCUGGCUACAAAAGCAGGGCACCUCGCGACAAGGAGAUUGCCACCGUCGAGUCCGAGGCCCCAGCCGAUUGGACCGAGUUAGGGCAGCCAGACGCUGGCGGCGUAGUUGCUGGCCCAUCGGAGAAUCUCCAUGUUGAGAAGCAUGUCUCUGGUGACACGGUUGCUUCCAUUACCACCGAACGUUCCAGGCAGCGUGGUCGUCCACGGGGAUGCAAGAACGAAAAGAGACUCGACGAGGCGAUGGCUGCCGAUGCUGGAUGGGUUUCGGGUGUUGACGAUACAGGUGCUGAUUCUGGACUCAACGCGGAUGUUGACGAGCAGCAUGAGGUUGGUCCAUCCACCACCGCAGAGCAUCCCCCCGCCUGCACGCCCUCUUCGUCCCGUCGCCCACAUCCCUCAGCCUCACCAUCUCUUUCUCCCCCGCUCUCCUAUGGGCUCCUUGACCACGACCCAAGCGAUCCUGCCCACGAAGACCAUCCCUGCGCUCGUUUGGAAGUUGAAGCCGACUCGCGUGAUGACACGACAGAAGAAUGGUGGGCCAAGUUCCGCGCUGAACUCGAGCGAAAUGCGAGCGACGAUGCGAACGAGAUAUUGCCGAGGAAGGAGCAACGCAGGGGACGGGCGGCUACCCCGCAUCCUCGCAAAGGUGUAGUGGCGACGUCCCGCGAGGCCCGUCCGGAGGCUGCCCAAACCGAGUCCUCGAUCGACGAAUCAUGGCGGCGCGGCCACGCGGUGUGGAUAGGCUCGGUAAGGCACGUGUUCGAGGAUGAAGAGAUGGCCGACUUCGUCAGGAGGCAGCAGGAACAGAUGGAGGAUCAGGAACAGAUGGACAUUGAGCGCGAGCGGAGACGGGCGCGGAAGCGCGAAGAGGAAGAGAGGUUGCUGGAGAGGAUAAGGAAGAUCAAGAACCAGAGGAGGAUGUGGUAG